UGAGAGCGUACUCCGUAAGAGUGUGAGCCUAUUACACCCGAGAAAUUGGAUCUUAAGCCUCUUCGUGCAGUGAUAUUGGAUUAAGAAGAAUGGAGAGAGCUAUGAGAGGAACACUGCAGCGUAACUCCAAAUGGGCGGAGAGGAGAUCCACGGUGGUCUACGCUAUCCGCUCAGCAACAUUCGGAACGUGGCGGAUGUUGACGCUGGGGGCAGAGUACAGCUCCUGGGCUUGGAGUGCUGAGGCUUCGGAUAGGCAAAAAAACAGAAGUCAGCCGUUGCAGAUCUUAGAGAUGCUGCUGGGGUCACUGAGAACAAUCAAACACAUGGAGGCCUCCAGAGCACUGCGGAGGCCGACCACUAUGACACUGUCACUGACUUGGAGAGGCCCACUGACCUGACGAACACAGAUAUCAUCAGCUCACAUGAAAUGUGCCAAGAGGAGGACAUGCUGUGGUCCAGUGGGAUGACUCGCUUUGGGGAUGAGGCGCGCUAUGGCAGAGGGGCUGCCAGGGCCGGGGGCGCGCCUGGAGCCCCCAGGAUGUACAAACAGUCGAUGGCUCAGAGAGCCCGGACAAUGGCUCUGUACAACCCCAAGCAGACCAAGCAAAACUGCUUCACGGUCAACCGCUCCCUGUUCAUCUUCAGCGAGGACAACGUGAUCAGGAAAUACGCCAAGAGAAUCACUGAAUGGCCUCCAUUUGAAUACAUGAUCCUCGCCACCAUCAUUGCCAACUGUAUUGUCCUGGCUCUCGAACAACAUCUCCCUGUUGGAGACAAGACGCCCAUGUCAGAACGCCUGGACGACACAGAGCCCUACUUUAUCGGAAUAUUCUGUUUCGAGGCCGGCAUUAAGAUCAUCGCCUUGGGCUUUGUCUUUCACAAAGGCUCCUACCUCCGCAACGGCUGGAAUGUAAUGGACUUCGUGGUCGUCCUGACUGGGAUUUUGGCCACCGUGGGCUCAGACUUUGACCUGAGGACGCUGCGGGCCGUCCGAGUGCUGAGACCUCUCAAGCUGGUAUCAGGAAUUCCCAGUCUUCAGGUGGUGUUGAAGUCCAUAAUGAAGGCCAUGGUUCCUCUGCUGCAGAUCGGCCUGCUGCUCUUCUUCGCCAUCGUCAUGUUUGCCAUUAUUGGAAUGGAGUUCUACAUGGGCAAGUUCCACAACACCUGCUUCACAGAGACAGGAGAGCAGGCAGCAGAUUACCCGUGUGGGAUGGAGCCUCCUUCAAGACUCUGUCCCAAUGACACGGUGUGCAGAGAGUACUGGAAAGGACCGAACUUCGGCAUCACUAACUUCGACAACAUCCUGUUCGCCGUCCUCACUGUCUUCCAGUGCAUCACCAUGGAAGGAUGGACUGAUAUCCUGUAUAGUACCAAUGACGCUUCAGGAAAUACCUGGAACUGGCUGUACUUCAUCCCCCUCAUCAUCAUCGGCUCCUUCUUUAUGCUCAACCUGGUCCUGGGUGUCUUAUCAGGAGAGUUUGCCAAAGAGAGAGAGCGUGUGGAGAAGAGACAGGAGUUCUUGAAGCUACGGAGGCAGCAGCAGAUUGAGAGAGAGCUCACCGGUUACCUGGAGUGGAUCUGUAAAGCAGAGGAGGUGCUGCUGGCUGAGGAGGAUCAGAACGCAGAGGAGAAAUCUCCACUGGAUGGUGCGUGGUACAAGAGGAAACAGAACAACCCAGUGCUGAAAAGGGCCAAGGCCAAGAAGGGUAAGAAUGACCUCAUCAGUGCUGAGGAAGGAGAAGAACGCUUCACAGACAUCUCUUCUGUCGCACCUCCUGGAUCUCCCUUUGCCCGAGCAAGCCUGAAGAGCAGUAAGAACGACAGCUCCUCGUAUUUCCGCCGGAAAGAGAAGAGAGUGCGGUUCUUCAUCCGCCGCAUGGUGAAGGCCCAGAGCUUCUACUGGAUUGUGCUGUGCAUAGUGGGUCUGAACACACUGUGUGUGGCCAUGGUUCACUACAGCCAGCCUGAGUAUCUCAGCCGGGCACUAUACCUGGCUGAGUUUGUGUUCCUCGGUCUGUUUCUGUCUGAGAUGACUCUGAAGAUGUACGGCCUGGGGCCCAGGAACUACUUUCACUCCUCAUUCAACUGCUUUGACUUUGGGGUCAUCGUGGGGAGUAUAUUUGAGGUGGUGUGGGCAGCUAUCCAGCCAGGAGCCUCUUUCGGCAUCAGCGUUUUAAGAGCUCUGCGUUUGCUCAGAAUUUUUAAAGUUACCAAGUAUUGGAACUCUCUGAGGAACCUGGUGGUCUCUCUGUUGAACUCCAUGAAGUCCAUCAUCAGCUUGCUCUUCCUUCUCUUCCUCUUCAUUGUGGUUUUUGCUCUUCUAGGCAUGCAGCUCUUUGGAGGACAGUUUAAUUUCGAUACAGAAACACCCACUACAAACUUCGACAACUUCCCAGCAGCCAUAAUGACCGUCUUCCAGAUUCUGACGGGCGAGGACUGGAAUGCAGUGAUGUAUCAUGGGAUUGAGUCUCAGGGGGGCGUCAGACGUGGGAUGUUUUACUCCAUUUACUUCAUCGUUCUCACUCUCUUCGGAAACUACACUCUUCUUAAUGUAUUCUUGGCUAUCGCUGUCGAUAACCUUGCCAAUGCUCAGGAGCUGACAAAGGAUGAGGAGGAGCAGGAGGAAGCAGCCAAGAAGAGCAUGGCUCUACAGAAGGCCAUGGAGGUGAAGGAGGUCAGCCCCAUGUCUGCAGCAAACAUCUCCAUCGCAGCUUUUGUAAAGCAAAAUCGAGAUGUGCUCUCUCGCAGCUCUUCCGUCUGCAGCGUUCACUCACCUAAGGAGCAGCAGCGCUCUCUGCAGAAGAUGUCAGUGUGGGAGCAGCGCACCACGCAGCUCCGCCGCCACAACCUGCGCAGCAGCAAUGAGGCUCUGUACAGCGAGCUGGAGCCUGAGGAGCGCCUACGCCUGUCCUCCGCUCUACACCUGCGACCGGAUAUGAAGGCCCACCAUGACCGCCCACUGGUGGUGGAUCAGCGUGACGGCACCUGUGAAAAACCCAGUGGGGACGUCCCCGAAGACCCUGCGCCUGGGCACCCACGGAAGCACCAUAGAUGCAGAGGGGAAAACGGCGAGGCAGGAGAAGGCCGACACCAUCGGCACCACAGCCGCAGCCGUGAGCACCAGCGGGGCGUAGAACGCAGCUCCAGCCAGGACGGGGCACACAGGCACCAGCACCCGGCCCGGUCACCGGAAGAGGGUGUGGAAGACAGAGAGCACCGCCAUCACUCCCACAGAGCAAAAGGCUCUAACGGCAAUGGCAAUGGCACUAUUGGCAACGGAGCGAAGGGGGAACGCAGGCCACGGGGGCACAGGGAGGGCGAAGGGGGCAAUGGAGAGAGGAGGAGGCACAGGCCUAGAGUCAAAGCCCAGUCCACACUGGACACAGAUGAGUGCAGGGAGAACGGAGAGAGAGCCACAGGCCAGCGGGACAGACUGACUGAUACAGAGGGGGAUGGUUUGGGCAGCCCUCUCCAGUCCCCCGCUGACCCACUGGCAGGAGAAGAAAGGCAAGAGGACUCAGAUAAUCUAAAGAACAGCACCAGGGCUGGGUCAACUGCAGUCAACAUUCCUGUUACCAUCACUGCCCCACCAGGAGAAACCACCAUCAUCCCCAUGAAUAACAUAGAUGGCGAGAGCCUGCUCCUGAAUGAAGAGAAGAAGGAUUUGGAUGAGUUGACUCAGAAUGCCCCCAAACACAUCUUACCCUACAGCUCCAUGUUUGUGUUUGGUCAAUCCAACCCUGUACGAAGGCUGUGUCACUACGUGGUGACCCUGCGCUACUUUGAGAUGUGCAUUCUCAUGGUCAUCACCAUGAGCAGCAUCGCUCUAGCUGCUGAAGACCCUGUGCAGGCUAACGCCCCCCGGAAUAACGUGCUUAAAUACUUGGAUUACGUCUUCACUGGAGUGUUCACAUUUGAAAUGGUGAUAAAGAUGAUUGACCUGGGGCUGCUGCUCCAUCCUGGCUCCUACUUCAGGGACCUGUGGAAUAUUCUGGACUUCAUCGUGGUCAGCGGUGCCCUAGUGGCUUUCGCCUGCUCGAGCUUCAUGGGAUCUCAGCAAAGUGUGACCAGAGGGACCAAAGGCAAGGACAUCAACACCAUCAAGUCCCUCAGAGUACUCCGAGUGCUGAGACCACUGAAGACCAUCAAACGGCUGCCUAAACUCAAGGCGGUGUUUGACUGCGUGGUGAACUCUCUGAAAAAUGUGCUCAACAUCCUCAUCGUCUACAUCCUCUUCAUGUUCAUCUUCGCCGUCAUCGCUGUGCAGCUGUUUAAGGGCAAGUUCUUCUACUGCACAGACGAGUCCAAAGCUCUGCAGAAGGACUGCAGGGGUCAAUUUCUGGAUUAUGAUGGGGAUGAAGUGGCCGCCCAGUCACGGGAAUGGAAGAAGUACGACUUUCACUACGACAAUGUGUUGUGGGCCUUUCUCACCCUCUUCACUGUGUCCACAGGAGAAGGCUGGCCAAUGGUGCUGAAACACUCUGUAGAUGCCACCUAUGAGGACCAGGGGCCGAGUCCGGGCUACCGCAUGGAGACGUCCAUAUUCUACGUGGUCUACUUCGUGGUCUUCCCUUUUUUCUUUGUCAACAUAUUUGUGGCCUUGAUCAUCAUCACCUUCCAAGAGCAGGGGGACAAAGCCAUGUCUGAGUGCAGCCUGGAGAAGAACGAGCGGGCAUGUAUUGACUUUGCCAUCAAUGCCAAGCCCCUGACCCGCUACAUGCCCCAGGACAAGCAGUCCUUCCAGUACAAGAUGUGGAAGUUUGUGGUCUCAACGCCCUUCGAAUACUCCAUCCUGACUAUGAUCGCAGUCAAUACUGUCGUUCUAAUGAUGAAGUUCCAUAAAGCUCCAACGCCCUAUGAGGACAUGCUGAAGUGGCUGAACGUCAUCUUUACUGCCCUAUUCACUCUGGAAUGCAUCCUGAAGAUCAUCGCCUUUGGCCUGCUGAACUACCUGAAGGAGGCCUGGAACAUUUUUGACUUUGUGACCGUACUGGGCAGCAUUACUGACAUCCUGGUCACGGAGAUCAAGCAGGACAAGCUGAUCAAUCUGAGUUUCCUGAGGCUCUUUCGAGCAGCUCGCCUCAUCAAGCUCCUGAGGCAAGGCUACACCAUCCGCAUCCUGCUCUGGACAUUCGUCCAGUCCUUCAAGGCGCUGCCCUAUGUGUGUCUGUUGAUUGCCAUGCUCUUCUUUAUCUACGCCAUCAUUGGUAUGCAGGUGUUUGGAAACAUUGAGUUAAAUGAAGAGGUAGCCAUCAACCACCACAACAACUUCCGCACCUUCUUUCAGGCACUAAUGCUGCUGUUCAGGAGUGCCACAGGUGAGGCUUGGCAUGAGAUCAUGCUGGCGUGUCUGAGUGUAAAGCAAUGUGACCCGCUCUCAGGCUUGGGGAAAGAGUGUGGCAGUGAUUUUGCGUACUUCUACUUCGUCUCCUUCAUCUUCCUCUGCUCAUUUUUGAUGCUGAAUCUGUUUGUGGCUGUCAUCAUGGACAACUUUGAGUACUUAACUCGAGACGCCUCCAUCCUCGGACCUCACCACUUGGACGAGUUCAUCCGGGUCUGGGCCGAGUACGACCCUGCUGCCUGCGGAAGGAUACGCUAUAUGGAUAUGUACAGUUUGUUGCGUGUUAUUUCGCCCCCACUUGGCUUAGGAAAGAACUGCCCUAAUAGGGUGGCAUACAAGCGUUUGGUGAGGAUGAACAUGCCCAUUGCAGAUGACAACACUGUUCACUUCACGUCCACGCUGAUGGCUCUCAUACGCACCGCCCUGGAUAUCAAACUGGCAUCAGGUGUUCUGGCCCAGCGGCUGUGUGAUGCUGACUUGAGGAGAGAGAUUAAUAGAGUGUGGCCCAGCCUGGCACCAAAGACUGUGGACCUGCUGGUCACCCCUCAUAAACAUAACGAGUUGACGGUUGGGAAGGUGUAUGCUGCCCUGAUGAUUUUUGAUUACUACAAGCAGAACCGCGCCAAGAGGCUUCAGCAGCAGCAGCCUUCUGGAGGCCCACAGAGUAAAAUGGGAGCACUCUUCAAGCCCAUGCUGCCUCUCACCCACUUACACGAUCAAGAGUCAUCAAUCAAGAGUACCAAGCUGCCAUCCCGUCCUCUACCUGAUGCAGCUCCACAGCCAGAACUCCCACCCACAUCCCCUCUCCUGACCAACGGGGAGGCAGUGCAAAGCCAAAGCAGUGCCAUGAAGAAGUCUCCAUCAGAAGACACACCUCAGGAAGGAGUGCUGCAGAGGAGCAGAAAUUCUGUCCAGCGGGGUCUUUCAGAAGAUAUGCCAAACACAACAAAACCUCAGGAAUUAGUAGAGAUGACGGAUAUGGAGAAUGAUUCUGAUGUAGGGGGCUUCUCCACACUGGAGGGCCACGGGAGGGCAGCCUCGAUGCCCAGACUUAGUGCGGGCGUCCAGCGGAGCCACUAUCGCCAAACCACCGGGACGUACCUAGCACCCAUCGCGGAUGUGAGCCCCAUGCGGCGCUCGGCCUCUUCUUUAACUCCUCAGAGAGGUGGGCAGGAGCUCAGCCUGAGGGACUUCGCUCUGGAGAGGCCUCCAGCAGCUCCUGCUCCCACCCCGGCCCAGGACAGAGAGAGGGACAGAGUGCAUCAUCAUCAUCACCACCACCACCGCUGCCACCGUCGCAGAGACAAGAAGCACAAGUCACUGGACCGAGCCAUCAGUGAGGAACAGCCAGGCUCUAUUGGUGAGACUAGGGAACGGGCACGUGAGCGGGAGAGAGACCGCGGGCGCUCACACGAGAGGAAGCACCACUCGUCCUCGGCUGCGGACAGGAAGCAGCGCUACUUCUCCUGUGAUCGCUAUGGCAGCCGGGAGCACUGCCACAGCCAGUCACCCGCACCCAGCAGAUCUGCAUCACCAGGAGAUCCACUUGACUCCAACAAACUCAAACCGGCCGCUAGCUCAACUAAGGGCACUGCAGUGGUCUUUACCUCAGGCACCAGUACACCGUGCCGGGGUCGCCGGCAGCUGCCCCAGACCCCCCUCACGCCGAGGCCUGCCGUGGCCUUUAAGACUGCCAACUCCUCCCCGGUGCAGUUCACCCGCUCUUCUGGCCCAGUACCCACCCGCCUCAGCCGCGGCCAAUCGGAGCAUGAUGCCCUGCUCAGCGGUGACACCCAACGCCCUGCCCACGUGCCUGUCACUCGCAUCAGCUCUGACCCCAGUCUGGGUCCCCUGCAGAGAGACCCCCAGCUAUCAGAGGCAGAAGACUUCCAGGAUGCAUUGAGCACAUACGGCUCGGGACGCUCCCCAAGGACUGCGGCUCCCCUUCACACGGCCACCGGGGUGGGCCAGCAGAGCCGGAGUGGCGUCCCCAAUGGAUAUCAUUUCACUUUAGGAGUGAGUGCAGCCCCGGGGUCCAGCACCAGGGUCUCCCCGAGCUACCAGGAGACGGAAAAAGACGAUUGGUGCUAGCUCAAAUCUGUCCGCAGGAUGAGUUUUAUCAUCUUUGCCUGAAGAUGGCAGUGCACGGCUCAUACCUGUGUACUAGUGAGAAGCUAAAGUGUGAAAAGUGAGGGGAAUGUUAAUUAAAUGAGUUUGUUUUCAUUUGCUAAUUAUCCAACAGUGCCAGUAUGUUUCAAACAUGGCAUGACAUUCCCUCGUUAUGUGUCAUAGAUGGUUCUCUGGUCACAGGUAGUGAAAAUAUAGUGCCAUAGAGCAUUUGCUGACCCAAGAUGAGCUCUAACUGCCACUGAAAAGGAGAGAAGUAGUUUAGCUAUGACUGCAAUGCUACUUAACACUGCCCUCUACUCUCCUGAAUCAUAUGAACAGGGCUACACUCUAUAGAGAGCAAAGAGAUGGUUAUCGCAGCUGUAAGUGUUAAAUGUGGUCGAAAUGUGAAGUAAACAGCCAGGCAGCACAAGCUAAGUUGAAAAUGCAGGUCCAGGCUGAUGUUCGCCUAGAUCUUCUGUCCUUAAAGGAGGCGAGUGUUGUCAUGGAGGUUAAGACUGAGUUUGUUCUGAGGAAUUCCUUGUAAAUGUUUGUCGUGCUGCUGUUUAUGCCAUCUCUUCCUCUUGCGAGUGGCACAGAUGAACUUCUCCCACUAACUAAAAAGGCCAAAUUGUAAUUAGUUUUAUAUUAGACUGCAGUAGAACUGAAUAUCUUUUCACAGUGUCCUUUUUUGUACCUUGUACAUGACGAGUGUAGCUGGGCAUCCUGUAAGGUCUACUCUUUUUUACUGUAUGACGCUCAAGUGGUAAAAUACCAAGUGCCUAACCUUCGAGAUUUAUUGCUGUAUGGUUAUGAUGUUACUAUCAGGCGUUAUAACCUAAGAAAGGCAAAUACUAGAUACUGUACACUGUAGGUAGACGUCACUGAUAUUUGUUCCUUGUAUGUACCAUAGCAUGUUAUGAAGACAGAGAUUAUGAUGUUGCACAAAAUAGAGAAUAUAAAGUGAGAUUUGAAUGGAAUAGUUUAAGUGGAUGUCCGUGUGAAAGUAUUUGGGACAUAUGAGCGAGUAUUUCAGAGUAUUUAUGAAAAUAAUAUAGACUGCAGGGUUGAUGAUGUAGCUUCAGAGAGGGACAGGAAUGAUGAACUAGAGGUCUAAAUGAAAUGCCAUUGAAAUUGUUUUCAGUAAGUCUGAUAUGCAUGUUAGGGGGGUUGUACACUUGGUCGUUGGUGUCAUUGUGAAAUUACAGCCCAUGGUGUACAUUUUCUUUCUCUUUUUUUUUUUUUGCCAAAGAGUACACAGCGAACUCUUGCCUUUCUAGUAUUAGACUGAAUGCAUUAGAUGGAGCUGAGACUAAAUGCUUCUUGUGACUUCCUCUUCCUGAAUGCAUCACACAAUUCACAGAUAGUGUCACACUGUCAUUUGUUUUCAGUCACGUAAAACAAUUUGAGUAGAAAUAUGAAUUCAGUUCCUAAAAUGGCCUACUUGAAACUGAUAAACAUUCAUAAGGUCGGUACUUUUAAGAUCACUGUUAUCAAAAUUGAUAUCAGUAGAUAUCAGUUGCUGUACACUUUUAGUAAGAAGAAAGAUGUUCUUCUUCUGAAAUUUGCCCAUGUUUUCUGGGUUUGAUAGCUUCCAAACACCUUAUUGUUGUCAGUCACACUUUACUUGAACCCUGCUUUAUACCAUUGACAUAACCAAGCUAUAAACAUAUCAUGGCAGAUGUGAUUAGCAGUCAUGAGCUGUAUGGUUAUUAAUAUAACAGUAGCAUGUUACCAUUACCAUUACUUGUGAUGACAGAUGUCAUAAUGUUUGAUGCUAACUAGACACUGUUAAAGAUUUCACCGCAAAAUGACAGGAAAUUACUGUCACAAGACUGCAAGAUUAUUGUGAUGUAGAUGA